AUGGCUAAUUUAACUCAUUUUGAUCAAUUGGAUACCAGCCCAUAUACCAACAGAGUUGACUUCGAGCAUGAGCUAGACAGUGAUAUCACCAUCAGAGGCACAGAAAAUAUAGAAAACAUAAAGUACAGCACUGAAUACAGUCGUGAUCAUUUAAUGACCAGUCCUUUGGUUUCACAAACAAGAAAACACAGACCAGUUAGAUUUGCAGAUUCAAGUCCUAGAGCUCAUUUUUCAACUAGUAAUAUUCAAAACCUUAUAGAUUUAGAUGACUACUAUGAGGAUGAAGAUGAUGAAGAUUACUAUCCCACAAGCUCAGAUGCUGAUGAAACAGACGAUGAUUUUCCAAUUGAUGGUCUUGAGGAGUCACAUGGUUUAAUACAAAGAAUUCAGCCUGACGUUACUACCAUGGAAAAAGUUGUCAUUCUGAGUACCUUCAUUGGCACAGCACUUGGAAUAGUUGUUGGUUAUGUAUUAUUUCUAUCGGAAAGUGAAUAA